AUGCGAGACGCUGUUUUAGGAGUGUCAACGUCAACGAGUCAACGAGUUAACGAGUUAACGAUUUAUAGGGAGUCAGCUGGUAUUCUGGAUUUCAGGCAGCUGUGGACACCCCGGAGAUACUACUACUACUACUACUACUACUACUACUACUACUACUACUACUACUACUACUACUACUACUACUACUACUACUACUACUACUACCGUAUGGGAGGAUUAACUCAAGAAUGA